GCUGGGAACCGCCAGGAUCUCUUCACGCGGCCCGGGCGGCUUAUGGGACGUUGACUUCAGACUCUCUGUGGCACAUCAUGCUGCGUGGGAUGACGAUGACGCAGAGAGGAAGGAGGCCUGAAGUCACACUUGCUUGCCUCCUCUUGGCUACCACAGGCUGCUUUGCAGACUUAAACGAGGUCCCUCGGGUCACCGUCCAGCCUGCAUCCACUGUUCAGAAGCUCGGUGGCACCGUGAUCCUGGGCUGCGUGGUGGAACCCCCAAGGACCAACAUAACCUGGCGCCUCAAUGGGAGGGAGCUUGAUGGCUCGGAUGAUGCCCUGGGCGUCCUCAUCACCCACGGGACUCUCGUCAUCACUGCCCUCAACAACCACACUGUAGGACGGUACCAGUGUGUGGCUCGGAUGCCUGCGGGGGCUGUGGCCAGUGUGCCAGCCGCUGUGACACUAGCCAAUCUCCAGGACUUCAAGUUAGACGUGCAGCACGUGAUUGAAGUGGAUGAGGGGAACACGGCGGUCAUUGCCUGUCACCUGCCCGAGAGCCACCCCAAAGCCCAGGUCCGGUACAGCGUCAAACAGGAGUGGCUGGAGGCCUCUAGGGAUAACUACCUGAUCAUGCCAUCGGGAAACCUCCAGAUUGUGAAUGCCAGCCAGGAGGACGAGGGCAUGUACAAGUGCGCAGCCUACAACCCAGUGACCCAGGAAGUGAAAACCUCUGGCUCCAGUGACAGGCUGCGUGUGCGCCGCUCUACAGCUGAGGCUGCCCGUAUCAUCUACCCCCCGGAGGCCCAGACCAUCAUUGUCACCAAAGGCCAGAGCCUCAUCCUGGAGUGCGUGGCCAGUGGGAUCCCACCUCCACGGGUCACCUGGGCCAAGGAUGGGUCCAGUGUGGCCGGCUACAACAAGACACGCUUCCUGCUGAGCAACCUCCUCAUCGACACCACCAGCGAGGAGGACUCCGGCACCUACCGCUGCAUGGCGGACAACGGGGUCGGAGAGCCCGGAGUCGCGGUUAUCCUCUACAACGUCCAGGUGUUCGAACCCCCAGAGGUCACCAUGGAGCUGUCUCAGCUGGUCAUCCCGUGGGGUCAGAGUGCCAAGCUCACCUGUGAGGUGCGUGGGAACCCCCCGCCCUCUGUGCUGUGGCUGAGGAACGCCGUGCCCCUCACCUCCAGCCAGCGUCUCCGGCUGUCCCGCAAGGCCCUGCGCGUGGUCAGUGCAGGGCCCGAGGAUGAGGGCGUCUACCAGUGCAUGGCCGAGAACGAAGUUGGCAGCGCCCACGCUGUGGUCCAGCUGAGGACCGCCAGACCAGGCACGACCCCGAGGCCUUGGCAGGAUGCUAUGCCAGCCACUGCAAUGUCUCCCACGCUACCCUCCAGACCCGGCAGCCCUGACCAGAUGCCGAGGGGAAGACCAGGGCUCCCCAGGGCCCCGACGUCAGUGCAACCUGCAUCCCCACAGUGCCCAGGAGAAAAGGGGCAGGGAGCUCUUGCCGAGGCUCCCAUCAUCCUCAGCUCUCCUCGCACCUCCAAGACGGACUCAUACGAGCUGGUGUGGCGGCCUCGGCAUGAGGGCGGCAGCCGAGCGCCUAUCCUCUACUAUGUGGUGAAACACCGCAAGCAGGUCACAAACUCCUCCGAUGAUUGGACCGUCUCUGGCAUUCCGGCCAGCCAGCACCGCUUGACCCUCACCAGACUUGACCCCGGGAGCUUGUAUGAGGUGGAGAUGGCAGCUUACAACUGUGCGGGCGAGGGCCAGACAGCCAUGGUCACCUUCCGGACUGGGCGGCGCCCCAAACCCGAGAUCAUGGCCAGCAAGGAGCAGCAAAUCCAGAGAGAUGACCCUGGAGCCAGCCCCCAGAGCAGCAGCCAGCCAGACCAUGGCCGCCUCUCCCCCCCAGAAGCUCCAGACAGGCCCACGAUCUCCAUGGCCUCUGAGACCUCAGUGUACGUGACCUGGAUUCCCAGGGGGAAUGGCGGAUUCCCGAUCCAGUCCUUCCGUGUGGAGUACAAGAAGCUGAAGAAAGUGGGAGACUGGAUUCUGGCCACCAGUGCCAUCCCUCCCUCGCGGCUCUCCGUGGAGAUCACAGGCCUAGAGAAAGGCACUUCUUACAAGUUCCGAGUCCGGGCUCUGAACAUGCUGGGGGAAAGCGAGCCCAGCGCGCCCUCCCGGCCCUACAUGGUGUCGGGCUACAGCGGCCGCGUUUACGAGAGGCCUGUGGCCGGUCCCUACAUCACCUUCACAGACGCGGUCAACGAGACCACCAUCAUGCUCAAGUGGAUGUAUAUCCCAGCAAGUAACAACAACACCCCAAUCCAUGGCUUUUACAUCUAUUAUCGACCCACAGACAGUGACAAUGAUAGUGACUACAAGAAGGACAUGGUGGAAGGGGAUAAGUACUGGCACUCCAUCAGCCACCUGCAGCCAGAAACCUCCUACGAUAUUAAGAUGCAGUGCUUCAACGAGGGAGGAGAGAGCGAGUUCAGCAACGUAAUGAUCUGUGAGACCAAAGCUCGGAAGUCUGGUCAACCUGGACGACUGCCGCCCCCAACUUUGCCCCCUCCACAGCCGCCACCUCCUGAAACCAUAGAGCGGCCCGUGGGUCCUGGGGCCAUGGUGGCACGCUCCAGCGACCUGCCCUAUCUGAUUGUCGGGGUCGUCCUGGGCUCGAUCGUCCUCAUCAUCGUCACCUUCAUCCCCUUCUGUCUGUGGAGGGCCUGGUCCAAACAGAAACACACAACAGACCUGGCUUUUCCUCGAAGCGCCCUUCCGCUGUCCUCCUGCCCAUAUACUAUGGUGCCGUUGGGAGGACUCCCAGGCCACCGGGCCAAUGGACAGGCGUACCUCAGCAGCAUCAGUGGACAAGCCUGCACCGACGGGAUACAUGUGAAUAGGGGCUGCCCUGUGGCUGCCAUGGGCUACCCAGGCAUGAAGCCCCCACAGCACUGCCCAGGGGAACCUCAGCAGCAGAAUGACACCAGCAGCCUGCUGAGGCAGACCCUCCUUGGCAACGGAUACGACCCCCCGAGUCACCAGCUCACCAGGGCUCCCAAGUCUAGCCCAGACGAGGGCUCCUUCUUGUACACACUGCCUGAUGACUCAACUCACCAGCUGCUCCAGCCCCACCAGGACAGCCACCACCUCCAGGAGCAGCCUACUGCCAUGAGCCGGUCGGGAGUGAGGAGUGCCCCUGACAGUCCCAGGAUGGAAGCAACGUGGGACUCUCCCUUUCACUCAGGGUCCCCAUGCUGCCUGGGCCUCGUACCAGUUGAAGAGGUGGACAGUCCUGACUCCUGCCAAGUGGGUGGAGGAGACUGGUAUCCCCAGCACCCCACGGGGACCUAUGCAGGGCAGGAACCUGGGAUGCAGCUCUCGCCUGGCCCGCCCGUGCAUGUGUCUUUUGAAACACCACCUCCCACAAUUUAGGCAGAAGCCAAGAUCCCAGAAAGACUAUAUAUUUUUUUUCUAAGAGACAGAGAAAAUUGGUAUUUAUUUUUCUAUUAUAGCCAUAUUUAUAUAUUUAUGCACUUGUAAAUAAAUGUAUAUGUGUUUUUAUAAUGCUGGAGAGACCUAAGGGAUCCUACCCGUUGAAGUCAGAGAGGGCAAACAAAGAUGACACAACACAGCAGGAGCAAACCAGGAAGAGCGGCACAGACUGGUCGGAUUGUGGACCCGCCUCUGGAACUCCGCAGCGCCUGGGAGGCUGCAGGACACCACAGAUCUGCUGGCGAGGGGAGGAAUCCCAGGCGCCUGUUCACAAUGGCCACGGGGGACAGGCAAGGGCCAUGGUACCAGCCUGGAGACACCCACAAGGACGGCUGGAUCUGCUGCUACAGGAAACGUUUUCCUGAGAUGCCCAUGGGAAGGACUGGGAUGUGUACAGCACUAUAAGCAUUAACAAACCUUCCAGAAUCAGUAAUCUGUGGCAACAUAUCUCUGUAAAAACAAACACUGUAACUUCUAAAUAAAUGUUUAGUCUUCCCUGUAACCUUCA